AUGCCCAUCAACAGCACUGCCCUGUCGUUGGCCAGCUUUACCUACAUCACUGUGGAGGUUGUCAUUGGGCUGUGCGCCAUAGCGGGCAAUGUGCUGGUCAUCUGGGUGGUCAAGCUGAACCCCAGCCUGCAGACCACCACCUUCUAUUUCAUUGUCUCCCUUGCCCUGGCUGACAUUGCUGUAGGGGUGCUAGUCAUGCCUUUGGCCAUUGUCGUCAGCCUGGGCAUCACAGUCCACUUCUACAGUUGCCUUUUCAUGACCUGCCUGCUGCUGAUCUUUACCCACGCCUCCAUCAUGUCCUUGCUGGCCAUCGCUGUGGACCGGUACUUGCGGGUCAAGCUUACUGUCAGAUACAAAAGGGUCACCACUCAGAGAAGAAUAUGGCUGGCCUUGGGCUUUUGCUGGUUGGUGUCAUUCCUGGUGGGAUUGACACCCAUGUUUGGCUGGAAUGUGAAACUGACCCCAGGAUACAACAGAAGUGUCACCUCCCUCUCCUGCCAAUUCCGUUCCGUCAUCAAAAUGGACUACAUGGUCUACUUCAGCUUCUUCGUCUGGAUUUUAAUCCCCCUGGUUGUCAUGUGUGUCAUCUACUUUGACAUCUUCUACAUCAUCCACAAGAAACUCAGUCAGAACUUUUCUAACUCUAAAGAGACAGGUGCAUUUUAUGGACGGGAGUUCAAGACGGCUAAGUCCCUGUUUCUGGUUCUUUUCUUGUUUGCUGUGUCCUGGCUGCCAUUAUCCAUCAUCAACUGUGUUAUCUACUUUGAUGGCGACGUACCACAAAUUGUGUUAUACUUGGGCAUCCUGCUGUCCCAUGCUAACUCCAUGAUGAACCCUAUUGUCUAUGCUUAUAAAAUAAAAAGGUUCAAGGAAACCUAUCUUUUGAUCCUCAGAUCCUGUAUGAUCUGCCAUCCCUCUAAUUCCUUUAACCCAAACAUUGAGCAGAUUUCUGAGUAGUUAUCCAUGACGGAUGAUGACUCUCUGUCUCAUUGAUCUUCAGCUUCACCAUCAACAAACACUUGAAGACCUGACCUAUCUGCCUGGGCCAAGGGCAUUUUGCAUCCUUGAUUCCUUCUGCUGAGGUGGAGAACAUUUGGCUGGUUGCCUCUUAUCAUUCCUCCUCUAUUACCUUCUUCAGUUGUUUUUUCUUGAUCUUCUUCUUUAACUCAGUUUUCUGGAGGUCUAACUUGAGGGUGAUGUAUUACUAUACUAUUGCUUAUUUGUGUCCCUCCUUCCUAAACAGAAAAAGAAAUCGUAGAGUCUGAGGGGUGCUUCAUUCACUUACCAACAAAAGACUCUAGUUGGUUUGGACACAUAUGUGAUAGUGACUCAGUUCCACGCCAGUGUGAAACAUAGCAAAGAACUUGCUCUCACAAGAUGCCUAGGAGAUGGUGUGAACAGAAGGAGUAAACUGGGUUUAAGGGAGACUUAAACUGCUGAACUUACCUGUGAAUGUACUUGAGUAAAUAAAAGAUG